CUUGGUACUGGGCAGUACACUCAUCCGACAUUCGACACGGGUGACCGAUCAUGUCCUUCUUCGGCUUGACGUUUUUGGGAACGCAAGAGCCAUUCGUGGGGACCGUUCCCCUGUAUGCGUUCGACGAUACCGAGCUCGUGGCUGCGGCAGAAGCCAUCUCGAAGGGAGAUGGGGGCGCCGUGGACAUGGCUAACAUUGAAGCGUUUCUUGCACUAGUAUACCGCUGCCCUCGUGAGGUGUCUCCCCCGCAAGAUAUUGUUAACCAAGUGCGCGCCUGGUUUCCACAAGGAGUGUUGCCACUGAGCCAAUUCACCACUGGGAUCCUGGCACUGAAAGCACAUGCGGAGGCAACGGAAACACAAAACCAGACCGACACUUGGUCCAAGGGCUGUGAAUUCACGAGUGGCCUCGACUUGCGCGCCGCUAAGGUCAAGCACACUCGCAUGAUCAAGGACCCGAAUGAAAAAUACACGGCUCCGCUCACGGAUUCUCAAACGUUUGGAUGGGUCAAAGGUCCACCAGUCAAGACUUUCCCAAAAAAGAGUUGCGAAGAGACCAAGUUUGCCUCUGCCAUGAUCCAGUCUGGAGUCAACUACUUUUAAGCCAUAACGCGACACAAUUUAGUAUCGCUCAUUCUUCUACA